AUGUACGAGCAGAUAUUCAAAACAGAUAUGUAUCACAUAGUGGCAUAUAUGUCUAGUCGCUCAGGACUGCCUUCUAGUAACGGAUGCAUUUACUUUUCGUCAACUGUGCAAAUCAACUUUCCAAAAGGCUUUGUUCACAAGGAAAAUAAUAUGCUUUUCUGCAAAGCCAAUGCACAGGGAUGCAACUCAUAUCUCAAGGCCUUGUCAAUCAAACACAUCACAAGUUCAUUAUCAGGAUUCCGUGUUCUUCGCAACCUCUUUCCAAGUAUUUUUGAUACAAGCUUCAUCCACAGAAUAAAUGUGCAGCAUCACAUCUACCAACACCGACAGGUAAUCAUGGAGUCUUCAAUCAAGAUACUUGGUUCAAAACUCGUUAAUGAAAUCAAUUUGUGGAGCAAGAUCAACUGGACAUAUGGCUGUGCAGAUCAACAAGGCGUAACUAAUGAUAAUGGAGAUACCACAGACGAUCACAGCUGGUGCAUGAGUGAUUAA